CACAGCAAAGUACGUAACGUUGUGUUCGAUUACAGUAUACCUGGGUAGUUAUAGUUACCUAAAAAGCUCAAGACACAUCGAAUUCUUUCAUGUCAUCUUCAACAUAAGACUCGCCUGAAAGACGAAUCCAACAUCAAAGGAGAAAUGGGAGAGAGAGCCCGUCAGAGCGCUCUUCCGUGCAACCCAGCAUGCCGUCCGAAGACAAAGCACAGCCGGGCCAGAGUUCAUCGUGUCUCGACGCCUAACCCACUGACCAAUCCAAGAGGAAAAGCCGACAAGCUCAAACAGCAUCGAAACAAGGGAGGAUCCUCGCUCUUAAUCGCACGAAAGAGCCAAAGCUCAUCAACCGAGUGUAACUCGAUGGCAGGUUUAGAAAACCAAUGCCAGAACAGAUACUAUAGAAAUGAUCCUAUGAAGUAUGUUCGUGAGGAACAACAGAACGGAGCGGAGGGCGAGUUUAUAUAGCGAACAGGCGUGGCUGGUGCUGGCGGUGCAAAUUUCGAACUGGACUGAAAACUCGUGAUAUCAAAGGUUA